AUGGCUUCCAUCAUCAGUUCUGUGAGAGCUACAGAAUUCGUUUUAGCUCCAAGGGAGCUCAGUCACCUACAGAGAAAGUGUUACAUCAGGAACAGUUCUGAGGAGGAGGAGGAAGUGAGAGCCACCAAAGGGAGUCCUUUGGCCCAGCCAUUGAUGGAACCUGUCCCUGAGAUCCCAGUGCUCGUGAGGCAGACUAACAAAUGUGAUGGCCACCCGGCCUCUGCCCCUGUGGAGGAAGGUGACCACAGCUCGCUGGAGUUGGACAAGCUGAAUGGAGAAGACAUUGGUCAGGUAUGGAAAAUAGCAUUUGGAGACAGUUCUGAAAUAAAACCAGUUGUUGUCCCUUUUAGAAAAGGCGACCACGUGAGACGACCAAAAACCAAAGGAGCUUUUGCAAAAGGUUCUGAACAAACUUCAAUCAAUGAGAUAUUCAUAGUGGAUGAAGCCUUAAGCAAGGGACAGAGACUUGUAUACCAAUUAAAAGAUUACAGGAAUGUGAAAGGAACAUCAGGUUUUGCUGCUCUGUCAACUGACAGGGCAGAUCAACAAAAGGAGAUUGUGGACAAGCACAAUGCCCUAAGGAGAGGGGUGAUGCCAACUGCUCGCAACAUGCUGAGGAUGGAAUGGAGUCCCACAGCUGCAGAGAAUGCCAAAAGUUGGGCAAAUGAAUGUACUUUAUCCCACAGUCCUGAAAGCAGAAGGACAACUACAGUGGGCUGUGGCGAAAAUCUCUACAUGUCAACUGCACCCAAUUCCUGGUCAGAUGCAAUUCAAGCCUGGUACAAUGAGGUGGGAAAUUUCAUGUAUGGCAUUGGGCCAACCACACCAGAUGCAGUGAUUGGCCAUUAUACUCAGGUGGUUUGGUACAAGUCUUACCAGAUUGGAUGUGCAGUUGCCUUUUGUCCUGAGAGUGAAUACAACUACUUUUAUGUUUGUCAUUACUGCCCUGCGGGGAAUAUCAAUACCUUAAUAAAAACACCUUACAAAUCAGGAGCAGCGUGUGAAGAUUGCCCUAAUGCUUGUGACGAUGGACUAUGCACAUCUUACAUGCUAGACUUGUAUAAUAUUCAAUGA